UAACACAGUAGCAUAAGGCGGUUGUCUUUAUUUAACUGAAUAUCAGAUGUAUUAAAUGCUGUAUAUGAAUUGUUUUUAAUCUAGUAAAUGCACGCACAACUCCUUCGUCUGGAAGACAUGUUAACCCGAAUCGCUCAACUCCCAUCGUCCAUCGUAGCUCUUACUUCAUCGUUGGCAUCGCCACGGCAGCCUUGGUGUGAGAAACAUCUCCCUCGCGCCACAGCUGGGUCACAGUCUUGGUCUGAGUGUAGAACCAUCCUGACUGAUGUUCAGCCAAACAUGAAGUGUUACACUGAGGAAAUCUUCGGCCCGGUGUUGGUUUGUUUGACCGUUGACACCUUGGACGAAGCUGUUGAAAUGGUCAACAGCAACCCUUACGGUAACGGAACGGCCAUCUUCACCACCAACGGAGCCACCGCCCGGAAGUUCGUCAACGAAAUCGAUGUUGGCCAGGUCGGUGUCAACGUGCCAAUCCCAGUCCCAUUGCCGAUGUUCUCUUUCACUGGAUCUCGUGGCAGCUUUAUGGGCGAUUGCCACUUCUACGGCAAGCAGGGAGUCAAGUUCUACACUCAGACCAAGACUGUGACCCAGCUGUGGCGCGAGGGAGAUGUUUCUCACACCAAGGCUGCCGUGGCGAUGCCAACGAUGAAGUAAGAGCUACGAUGGACGAUGGGAGUUGAGCGAUUCGGGUUAACAUGUCUUCCAGACGAAGGAGUUGUGCGUGCAUUUACUAGAUUAAAAACAAUUCAUAUACAGC